GGCGGCCAGAGCGGCCCCGAGCGGGUCCUCCAGGCGCCACUUCCGGCGCCUCUUCCGGGCCCCGGCGGCUGUUGCCAUGGAGACCAAGAUGGCGGCGGCGGGUGCGGGAUGUCGGGAGCGGCCCCGCUGAGCCCCCCCAGCGCCAUGAUCCGUCGGGAAUGCCGGGGCUGAGCGCUCCAAGGCCUGGGAAAGGAGGAUGCUCCAGCCCAGCAACUACAGCCUGGUGCUGUUCCUGCAGUUCCUGCUGCUCUCCUACGACCUGUUCGUGAAUUCCUUCUCGGAGCUGCUCCGGACGGCUCCGGCCGUGCAGCUCGUCCUCUUCAUCAUCCAGGACAUCGCCAUCCUCUUCAACGUCAUCAUCGUCUUCCUCAUGUUCUUCAACACCUUCGUGUUCCAGGCAGGAUUGGUCAGCCUGCUUUUCCAUAAGUUCAAGGGGACCAUCCUGCUCUCCGCUGCCUACCUGGCGCUCAGCAUCUCCUUCCACGUCUGGAUCAUGAACCUGCGCUGGCGCGACUCCAGCCGCUUCAUCUGGACCGAAGGCCUCCAGACCCUCUUCGUUUUCCAGAGGCUGGCGGCCGUGCUCUACUGCUACUUCUACAAGCGGACAGCUGUGCACCUGGGAGACCCCCUCUUCUACCAGGAUUCCCUCUGGCUCCGCCAGGAAUUUGCCCACUUCCGUGGCUGAUGGAUCCCUGGAAUCCCCUGGAGUCUCCCUGCGCUCCGUGGGAUCAGUCCCGCCUUGUCCUUCCUCCUCUUCCUCCUGGAUGCUGGGAGUCAGUGGGAGGCUUGUGAGGUGUCCCUGCAGGAAUGUCCAUCCUGGCACCACGGCCUCGGUUGGGGCUGGAAUAUUUUUGGGAACUGUAAAGGAAUAAAUGGGAUGUGUUUUCCA